CCUUAACUUCGACCUUCGACUCAUGAGCUUGCACGUUUGUCUGAACCCUACACAACCGGACGAGCUCGACAGUCGAGCUUGCAAUACAACGACCGCGUGUUGACUGGCACAUCGAAAUGCAACGCGUCAAGAACGUCGGCUAUGACGAAGAUGAUCUGUACUCCGACGAGGACGAAUAUGCGGGGGAGCAGGACGAAUUCACCGCAGAGGACAAAGAGAACUUUGCGACUCUCACUCCUGUAGUGAGAGCAGAACUGGAAGAGGCGGCUAUCACAGUGACUACGAAGCAGAUUGAAGAUGCGUUAUGGCAUUACUAUUGGGACGUGGGCAAGAGUGUGGCAUACUUGAAGAACUCGAGGACACCGCAACAGCCCAAGCAGCAGGAGGGGAAGAAAGAAAAGCCGAAGACCAAGUUUGAUGAGGCAAGUGCAGCCAAUGCGGCUAACGCAGCGACAGAAAGCGUGAAACAGACACCGACAACGGCGAAUGGCCUUGCAAAGAAAACGGAAGCAAUGAAGCUUGACGCUGCGCCCAAAGCGAAAAGUAAAGGGCUCGACGUGCCCAAGCUGUGGAUCCAGGAACAGGCGAAACGCAGAUCCGCAGCGUUUGUGGUCAUUGGCCACGUUGACCACGGCAAAAGUACACUCAUGGGUCGACUGCUUCUGGAUACUGGCGCGGUAGCUCAAAGGGACAUUGACAAAUUCAAGAAGCAAGCUACAGAAAUGGGGAAAGCCUCUUUCGCAUUGGCAUGGGUCAUGGACACCGGCGCAGAAGAGCGCAAACGAGGUGUCACUGUAGACAUAGCCCAGCACCAUUUCAGCACCGACGACACGGACUUCACCAUACUGGAUGCCCCGGGCCAUCGAGAUUUCGUGCCCAACAUGAUUGGCGGUGCAUCCAUGGCAGAUAUUGGGCUACUUGUUGUGGAUGCGAAUCAGCUCGAAUCCGGUAUGAAAGGCCAAACGAGAGAGCAUAUCCUGCUUGCACAUGCCGUCGGAUUGCAAAAGGUCGUCGUGGCUGUCAACAAACUCGACUCCACGGCGAGUCCCUGGGACGAAUCCACGUUCAAAUCGAUCAGCCUGGAGAUUCGCAAGCUCCUGGUGGAGACUGGCUUUUCCAAGGACGACAUUGCGAUUGUGCCCUGCAGUGGACUAAGUGGCGAAAAUGUGGUCAAGGCACCGGAGGCCAAAUCGGAAGCAGGUUGGGUCAUGAACAAGCAUCCGACACUACUACAACAACUCGAGCAAUCAGUCCCAUCAGGUACACUGCCGGAAAGUGUCUCGCGUCCACUGCGCUUGCAAAUUGCGAAUGUGUUUCGAGGUGGCAUACAGAAUCCUCUUUCUAUAUCUGGUCGGAUACGAAAAGGCAAUGUGCAGGUUGGCGAGUCCAUGACAAUUCAGCCUAGCGGAGAGAACGCCACUGUCAAGGGUAUCGACUUGGUGGGAGCUGCCAAAGACUGGGCUGUGGCAGGGAACAUUGUCACACUCCAUCUGGCGGACAUUGAGGCUCAGCACCUGCGGAGUGGCGACGUUGCUUGCAAUGCGACCAAGCCCAUUUCCGUUGUGAAGAACGUGAUCGCCCGGGUUCAGGCCAUCGGUGCUCUGUUGCCGCAGGAGGUAGAUGUGCACGUCGGACGGCUUCACGUUCCGGGCAAGAUCAGCCAGCUGUUUAGCGUGGUCAACGCCAAGGACGAGAUGGUGAAGAAGAAGCCGAGAAUCAUCAAGGCCGGCCAGAGAGCUCUGGUACGAAUUGCUUUGAACAGCGGUGCGCCGCUGGAGCCUGGCGAUCGCAUAGUGCUCAGAGCUGAGGGCAGCACGAUAGCAGCAGGAACAGUGGAGAACGUAGGCAGAUAGUGGAAGAUAUCUGCUAAUGAGCCAUGACCGAAGAGAAAGGGAGAAGGAGCCCAACCGUAGUUUGAACGCA